CAUGGUGUAGUGUGUGUGCUUGGCUGGGCUGCACCCUGAGAGGCCGUCCUUGGUUGCUGGGAGCCCCUGUGCCGGGCCUUCUCUCCCUGUUGCCUUCCAGAAACAAGCUGCCCUCUGGGAGGCAGAAGAUGCCCCACUCCAGCCUGCAUCCAUCCAUCCCACGGCCCAGGGGUCACAGGGCCCAGAAGGCAGCCUUGGUCCUGCUAGGUACCUGCCUGGCGGCCCUUUGGGGGCUGGGGGAGCUGCCAGACUACACUCUCCAGUGGCUGGUGCUCCACCUGGCCUCCCAGCAGAUGGGACUGCUGAUCAAGGGGGUCUGCUGUCUGGCCGAGGAGCUGUGCCACGUCCACUCCAGGUACCAAGGCAGCUACUGGAAGGCUGUGCGGGCCUGCCUGGGCUGCCCCGUGCGCCGUGGGGCCCUGCUGCUUCUGUCCUGCUAUUUCUCCUGCUCCCUCCCAAACGUGGCUGGCCUGCCCUUCACUUGGAUGCUUGCUCUCCUGGGCCUCUCACAGGCACUUAACAUCCUCCUGGGCCUCCAGGGCCUGGCCCCAGCAGAGGUCUCUGCCAUCUGUGAAAAAAGGAACUUCAAUGUGGCUCAUGGGCUGGCCUGGUCAUAUUAUAUUGGGUACCUGCGGCUGAUCCUGCCAGGGCUCCAGGCCCGGAUCCAAAUUUACAAUCAGUUCCACAACAAUGUGCUACGGGGCGCAGGAAGCCACCGGCUGCACAUCCUCUUCCCGUUGGACUGUGGGGUGCCUGACGACCUGAGCGUGGCUGACCCUAACAUUCGCUUCCUACACAAGCUGCCCGAGCAAAGUGCUGACCGUGCUGGCAUCAAGGGCCGGGUUUACACCAACAGCAUCUAUGAGCUUCUGGAGAAUGGGCAGCUGGCAGGCAUCUGUAUCCUGGAAUAUGCCACCCCCUUGCAGACCCUGUUUGCCAUGUCACAGGAUGGCCGAGCUGGCUUUAGCCGGGAGGAUCGGCUUGAGCAGGCCAAACUCUUCUGCCGGACACUUGAAGACAUUCUGGCAGCUGCCCCUGAGUCUCAGAACAACUGCCACCUCAUUGUCUACCAGGAACCCGCAGAGGGAAGCAGCUUCUCCUUGUCACAAGAGAUUCUCCAGCACCUUCGGCAGGAGGAAAGGGAGGUUACCAUGGGCACCGUGGGGACCUCCGUGAUGCCCGUUUCCUCCACACUGUCCCAAGAGCCUGAGCUCCUCAUCAGUGGCAUGGAACAGCCUCUCCCGCUCCGCUCGGAUGUCUUCUGAGGCCCAGGGUCACCUUCCCUCAGCCCCUGGCCAUCCCCAAGACUCUGGAUUGGAGGAUUUCUUUCUUCAGCAGCUAGAGGCCUAGCAGAGCCAUUUCCUCCCAUAGGGGGCCUCUCAGAGAAGGUCCUUGGACUUAACAUCUCAAGAUGAAUCGUAUGACCUUGGGCAAGUUGUUUCACCUCUCUGAGCCUCAGUGUCCUCAUCUAUGAAAUGGGAUUAUAAUCAUUGCCCUACCUACCUCACAGGGUAGUUUUUGUGAGGACUAUGGCUGUAUGGGUUUUUUGUAAACUCUAAAUGCCAGGUAAACUUAAA